AUGAUGUAUGCCUGGACUGAGGCUGAAAAUCUUGAAGUUUUGCCACACUCGGAAAAGGAACUAAAUGAAGACAGAGACUUCCCUGAAAUUAGUCUUCUUUCAGAUACUGCUCUUACAGUAUCUGAUAUGGUUGCUGUAGAGGAGAAAUCACUAAUAGAGCCACAAAAGAUCUUAGCAGCACAAAGUAUAUUUUCUGAGCCUGGAAAGGAAGUCACACUGACCAUGACUUCUGAAGAAACCAUGGAUGAAGCAAGCUCCCUUGAAACUUUUGUGCCUGCCUUGGAAAGGCUACUAACAUCACCAGAAAGCACCCAGGAAGAAAGACUGUUUGAAAUAAUGAAUAAUUUUGAUCCUAGAGAGUUGAUGAACCCAUUGAGUGACUCUCUAAGUUCCAUAUCAAUACCUUUGAAUGCCUUGUCAGCACCUCAUAGAGAUUUACUAGAAAACACAAAGGAUGAUGAUGCAUUGCCAGCUGAGUUGUUGGCAGCCCUGAACACAUUGUCAGAAGCCAAGGUGGGACCCAUCUGUCAUAGAAAAGAGGGAGGCAGUCGUCCCAGUGCUGGAAAUAAAUGUUUAGAAGUGGAGCCCAACAUGUCUCAGACUGAUGAAGACUGUACACAAAUAGAGAUUCCAGAAGACACAAAUCUAUUUGUAUUGCAAACUUUGGCUCAUCAAAAUGUCACCUCUUGUGAGCCUCAAAAUAAUAAGGGAAAUUCAAAUGCAGGGGGAAAUAUCUGUGACCAGGAAACUGUGUGUGUGUUAAGGAGAUCAUCCAGACUGGAAAAACUGAAAGUAAGCAGAGAUGCAAAGCACACACCUGACAUGUAUAAGAUGCCAGAAAAGAUUUCAACAGAAAUACUUCCUGGUGAGGAUCGAACAAAUAAUAAAUCUUCAACUGAGAAUUUCAGAAUGCAGGAUCCUGCCUUAAUGAUUGAAGGCAAAGGGAAGAAUAUGCAUUCGUCCAGAUCCAAGAGUAAAGGACAGAUCAGGAAAAACAAACAACUUACGGGAAAAAAUGAAAAAAUGAAGAUGAAUAAAAUAUCUCUUUCUAGCAUUAACCGGAGAAACAGUUUUGGAGAGAACUUACUGUAUAAGGCUGCUCUGUACAAUGAUGCUGAUCUUGUUCAUCAUUGUAUAAAAAAAGGUGGAAAUGUUAAUCAGCUAAGUUAUGCUGGUUGGACAGCACUUCAUGAAGCUAGUGUAGGAGGAUUUUAUAGGACAACAAGUGAACUAAUAAAAGGUGGAGCAGAUGUAAAUAUCAAAGGAAUGUACCAGAUUACUCCCCUACAUGAUGCUGUGAUGAACAGACAUUAUAAGGUGGCAAAGUUACUUCUUUUGAAUGGAGCCAAUCCAUUAUCUAAAAAUGACAAUGGAAAGUGUGCUUUGGAUGAGGCCCAGGAUUUAUGUAUGAAGCGUCUCCUUGAGAGAUAUGUUCCUAAACAUAAAAAAUGUCUCACAUCAGCCCAAAGGAAUAGUGCUGACCCGUUAGACAUAGAGGAUGUACACCAGCACAAGAAACCAAAAUUCAGUUCCAAAAAUCGCAUUUGGUCUGUUUGUAAUGAAAAUUCCAACAGACAGAAGCCAGAACAUGUAAAAGUUGAUAAAGAAAGCAAAGAGGGUUUAUUUAUAAGUAAAGACAAUGUGUAUGAAUAUUACCAGAAAGAUCCCAGAAACACAAAAUUUGGUAAAUUCAAGCAUAAACAAUCAGCUCUUAACCAAAUAUAUUCUACAGGACUCAGAAAGGGCAAUCUGCUUAAUAUCAAAGAUCCCAGCACAAAUACAUCUAAAGGUAAAGGAAGAAGAAACAGACUACAUAAAAGGAUUCAAGCAGAUGAUGGAGACUGCAAUCCAAGAAAGUCAAUAGUUGUCUCUUCUUCCAGGACAAUAAACAGACUUGUUACUUGUCAGCAGCAUGUUCUCCAAACCCUUGAUGACCUUCCAGAAGAGUCAUGUGAACCUUCUAGCUCAACUCUGUCAAGCCUGAAAAAUGGAUUAAGUAACAAUAUUGAGGCUUGUUCAGUUUCUAAAGAGACACAUAGCCAGAACCUAGGUUUAUCAGAUAGUCAAGAAAUACAGUUCUUAGAAUUAGAAUCCAUUGACCAAACUGAAGCUGUUUCUUUCUCAGGACUUUCAUUACAUAAAGAAAUCAAGUUACCACUUGUUACUGAAGAUGAGCAGCCUCACACUCACCAAGAACAACACAGUAGCCCUUAUAAAUCUCAUGAAAAUAAUCACUCAGGUAAAAAACAUGAGAGCCUUAAUAAUAAAAAGGAAAAUUCUUUCCCAUCUUUUAUAAAGGAAAAUACUGAUGAUGAUGAUGACGGUAGUUGCUGUACCGCUGAGAAGGCUGUAACAUCAACAAAGGUAAUAUGUUUUACAGAUCGCAAAAGCCACUAUAAAGAAAAUACAGCAAAUAGAGAAGAAAUGGAUUUUCAACAUUUUUUACCUUCUGAAGACCAUUUUUCAUUGGAAAAUGAAUUAAAAGCAGGCAGCCUAACCAUGCUUGCACAACAGGAAGCUGUUAGUUUUUCUGAUUCACAUAAUGUCAUUUCUGAACAUGUUGCAAAUUAUGAACAAUGCAUAUGUGGAACUCCUUUUGAUCACUCACUUGGUAAUCCUGAGCAAACUUUUCUGGCUUGUACAAGAACACUUUCAACACAUGAAGUUUCAAAGUUGACUGGUCAUGUGAAGCUAUUCAAAGAGUCUCAGGAUCAUAGCCCCACAGCACCAACUUCUUUAAUGAAUCAAACAGAUACAAAUAUUGUGGAAAAGGUGCCAAAGAAACAAGACAUUAAAAGGAAUUACAAUGACAAAGUCCAAAAAACAAGUUCUUCAAAUGGGCCUUUAUCUACAGUUGUUCAUUCUCAAGUAAGAGAAACAACUAAAGUUGAAAAAAGGAUACAAGACCUUCCAGAGAAUGAGACUAUACAUAAUACAGAUUUUUAUUCCACUGACAGUAUGAAUAAAGAAUUGACCAACAUCUCACAACUUAGUCAAAGAGAAGAGAAGGAAAUUUCUCACAAACCAGAAAUAAAAGCAGCUGGGAUCAAGAAGAGGAAUGCCAGAGGAGAAAGCCGACUUCAUUUGGCUGCCAGAAAAGGAAAUUUAUCUCUGGUGAAAGCUCUAAUAGAAUCUGGAGCAGAUGUGAAUCUAAAAGAUAAUGCAGGUUGGACACCACUUCAUGAGGCAUCUAAUGAGGGGUCUAAUGAUAUAAUUGUAGAGUUAUUAAAAGCUGGUGCUAAUGUUAAUUGUGAAAAUGUAGAUGGAAUUCUGCCUUUACACGAUGCUGUUGCAAACAAUCAUUUGAAGGCAGCUGAGAUUCUUCUACAACACGGAGCAAACCCUAAUCAAAAAGACCAAAAGCAGAAGAAUGCUUUGGAUCAAGCAGAUGAUGAAAAAAUGAAAGAGCUAUUAAAAUCUUAUGGUGCUAUUGAGACUGGUAAUAGAGAUAAGAGUAAUGCUAUAGUCACUGUAAAAAUUCCUACUGUCCGGUCAAAAAGACAUAAACAGUGUUUUUGUGAUAAUGGCAAAACUGUUGACCCACCUUCCCUUUCACACCAAGAAAAAACAAGAGAAAGCCUUCCUGUGCAUCAGACCAUCAGUGGCAUUCUACAAGAUAUAGAAGAAAAACAGGAAAAUUUAUUAGAGUUUGAAAUAAGAAACCUUGAAGAUGCAGAACAAUACAUUGAAAAGAUGUUAGAGAUAAAAGAGGUUAUGGAUAACGUGCUUGCCAAACAGAAAGCAGAAAGGGAUGAUCUGGCUAAAAAAUACAGGGUAUCCAUAGAGUCGUUUAAGCAUGGAGCCCUAAGAGAACAACUGGCCAACUUGGCCACAAGACAGAAGAACCUUUUAGUUGUGGCAAAAAAACAGAAAAAAAUAAGCCUGAAAAUUCAAAACUAUAAGAAUGUCACAUCAUUGUCUGGUCUUAGUUUAAGGAAACUGCCAUCCAGCUCAGAAAUCUCUAGUGAAAAGGACAGCCAAGAGCUUAUCAGUCUGGAAAAUGCAAUGCAGCCCCAAUCAGGUUCGCUGUCUCCUGUCAGUCUUGUUUGUGGAAGUAUGCAGGAAACACAAUUGUCUCUGGAAACUUGGAAUGACAGCCAAAAUACCAACAUUUGUUUAAAUCCAGAGAUAGUGAGAAUGGAAGAAUUUUCUGGAAAUGAGAUGAAUUCUAAACAAAAUGUCAAUGACUGUACCUUGGAUAUGUUAUCAAAAUCCGGACAUUCAAAUGGCACCAAGACGAUUAAAUUACCAUCACAACCUGUUCCUUUUAUUGCUCAAGUGGAAUAUUCACAAAAAGAAAAUCUUACAGAAACUACAGCCAAAGGAUGUGAAUUCUAUAGUCCUUCCACAGUAACUGGCACAUUAAAUAAUUCAGAAGCCACAAGUUUAGUUUCCAAAAAUGAUGUCCAUCCAUUAAUUGCUAUUUGUGAUCAGGGCCUCUCCAAUUGUGAUCCGAAAAGAGGAAACAAGAAGACAGCUUCCCAGCAACCACCUAAAGGGGCAUCAGAAUCCCUGGCACAUCAUGGGAUUGCUGUCUUAGGCAGUGAUACUGUGCAUCAGAUGAAACCAUAUCUUAAAAAAUCAGCUACUCUUGUUCCACAUGCAAAUGAAAGUCAGAUCUCCUCUUUCUCUGGGUCUGGCCGUCAAUAUACUAUGAAAAAACCUUUAAACUACAGCACAACUCCUAAAAAGAAAUGUAUGCAGAUAAAGGAUUUGAUAUUAUUAGGAAGAAUUAAUCCAGGAAGUAACAUUCUGGAAUUCAAAACACAGGAGACUACCCACAAAGCCAGUAUUUUAUUGAGUGGUAAAAUUAAGGUAGAAAAUGGUCAGAUUUAUCAAAACCCAGUCACCUGGCUCAAGGAUCUUCUGGGAGGCAACAGUUAUGUGACUUGGAAUUAUGCUUGGAGUAAGGUAACAUAUCUUGGGAAGGAGCUUUUAAAAUAUGUUUCUGAGGAAGUACCUAUACCUCCAGAACCAAACUUGGUACCUCAGCAACAUCAACCUUGUCUUCCAGAAGUACCUUGUUCAGAUGACCCAAUACAGGAACAAGGAAAAUCGUUGUUUGAAAAAAUGAAAUUUGGACAAGGAACUUCAAGAGAGUCAUUGCAAAGCAUCCCACAUUAUCUACAAAUAAAUGAAAUACUAUUAAUCAGUGAUCAAGAAUUUCUCCCAUGCCAUAUAAUGGAUCAGCAUUGGAAGUUCUAUGUGGAAUGUGAGAAACUAACAUUCUAAAACCUUGUUUUCUUAAUGAUUUAUAUCUUUAGAUCUAAUGAUUCUUGAGAUCUCAUGGUCUAGUGGGUCUUUUUAAACCUACAAUGUAUGAGUUGCUACUCAAGAUGUGUGUUUACUGUUAUAGGAAAAAUAUCAACUAUUAUAGUAAGAUUUAUGCUUUUUUUGCCAUUGAAAUAAAGGUAUUUUCGAUA